GCUUUCUGGCUCGUAUGCUGGAGGAAUCCUUGCUGCGGGGGUGUUUUCAUUUUCUCGUCUAACAUGGCAGUGGUCCAUCGCAGCGGAGGUUUUUAGCUUAAACAAUCUGUUUGUGGGGCUGCUGAUGGCUCUCACCGUGCGUUUUGAGGAGGCAUCCACUGCAAAAGAGAGAUCAAAGAUCUCUAAAGUUGGUGCCUUUUGCUGUGGGCUCAGUUUGUGCAAUCAGCACACGAUAGUGCUUUAUAUCGCUUGUAUUGUGCCUUGGGUUCUCUCCCGGCUUUUCAGAAGGACGGAAUUGUCCCUAGGCCAUUUGCUGAAGUUGGGUUUAUGCUUCUUGGCUGGUUUGCUGCCUUAUCUCUAUCUGCCGGCUUCGUCCUACCUCAACCGAGCCCGUUGGACAUGGGGAGACCAGACGACUUUUCAAGGAUUUUUGACCCACUUUCUCAGGGAAGAAUAUGGGACAUUCAAUCUGGCCAAGUCCGAGGCAGGAUCCAGUAUGAGAGAGAUGCUGGUUUUUCAGCUGGCACAGAUGAAGUCGGAGCUCUCCCUUCCUGUCUUGGCCCUGGCGCUCGUGGCCUGUGUGAGCGCAGCGCUGCCAACAAAGCAGCAGAAAUCACCCGUGAUCUGGCUCUUCGCUGGAAUGCUCUGUCUUUAUUCCCUUUUCUUCGCUUGGAGAGCAAAUUUGGAUAUCACAAAACCUCUGUUUCUGGGCGUGGUGGAGCGGUUCUGGCUGCAGAGCAGUGCCGUGGUGGCUGUGCUGGCCGGGCUGGGGCUGGCCGCCCUCGCCUCGCUCGGAAGCGCCGUGCUGGCGGGGUGCUGUGUGGUUGGGGUGCUCCUUGCUUGUGAUCAGAGCAACAACUAUGUUGUUGAUAAGUUUGCAAGGAACCUGCUGUCCUCUAUGCCGACGGGUGCAGUGAUCUUGCUACGAGGAGACUUACCUGGGAACGCUCUUCGUUACCUUCAUUAUUGUGAAGGGAUGAGGCCAGAUAUCACCUUAGUGGACCAGGAGAUGAUGACUUAUGAAUGGUAUUUACGCAAGCUGGCAAAGCAUUUACCUGGUGUUUAUUUUCCUGGGAACCGGUGGAAUCCUGUGGAAGGAGUAUUACCCGAUGGGACAUUUGCUUUUAAUCUCCAUCGUUUCCUCAAAGUAAAUAAACAUAAGGAAGUGUUUGUCUGCAUAGGUCUCCAUGAAGGUGACUCAACAUGGAGAAGGAGCUAUUCGCUCUGGCCAUGGGGUACGUGUGAAAAGUUAGUUCCUUCUGAUGUUGUCUUUGACCCAGGAGAGUGGAUUCGUCUGACAAGAAAUCUCUAUAACUGGACUGAAGGCUACGGCAGUUUCAAGCCCUCUUCCUGGGAAGCUGUCGCCAACGAGGAGAUGUGGCAAGCCAGGAUGAAAACAGCGUUCUUCAUAUUUGACCUUGCAGAAACUGCUAGCGUGACCGCAGAAAUGAAGUCACAACUUUACACAUUUGCGUACACUUCGUACAAAGAAAUUGUCAACUCUCAUCCAAAUCACCCGGUCAACUGGCACAAAAACUACGCCAUUGCCUGCGAGAGGAUGCUGCGCCUGCAUCGGGUGGACGUGGAUCCCGAAGCGUUGCUCUCUGAAGCUGUGAAACAUUUUCUUCUCUAUGCUGAGAAAGCGGAGGACGAUCCCCAGCGCCAGGAUAUUCUGCAGGCUGUGAAGCACCUGAAGAAAGAGCUGCAGGGGCUGAGGAAAAUAAAAGAAAAUCUGCAGCUGGGAGCUGGGUAG